GUCUUCUCUCGGCAGACAGAGUCCCGGCUGUGUGUGUGUGAGUGGGAGAUGGACUGAGUGAGGGCGCUCUUUCGACCAGUGCUGCCGAUAGCAUUGAAAUACCCACAAGCUAGGUUGAAAUAAUUGACGAUUUCAGGUCGCUGAAUCAACAAGAAAAACAUAGUACCGUUAUCAGUCUUUCACAUCCCACUCCAAACACACUAACACGGCAUUGAUGGUAAUGUAUGCAAGGAAACAACCGAGACUCGGCGAUGGGUGCGACCGAAGAGAUUCUCAGCCCUAUCAGACUCUCAAAUACUCAUCUAAGAGCCAUCCAGGAGGUGACCACCGACAUGAAAAGAUGCGAGACUCCUCAGAUGUCACCCCUCCUUGUAAAAUGCUCAGGAGGUCUGACAGCCCUGAAAACAAACACAUCGACAGCACAGGGCACAGCAGAGCAAAGGCUGUCCACACACACCGGGCCAGAGACAGGGAUGGAGGGACCAGUUAUUCUCCACAAGAAAAUUCUCACAACCACAGUUCCCUUCAUAGCUCCAACUCACAUUCUAACCCCAGCAAGACCUCAGACACACCUUAUGAACCUGGUGACGAUUGGUCAGAGCACAUCAGCUCAUCUGGAAAGAAAUACUAUUACAACUGCAGGACAGAGGUGUCCCAGUGGGAAAAGCCCAAAGAAUGGCUGGAGAGAGAACAGAGGCAAAAAGAGGCAACAAAGACUGCGGUUGUCAACAGUUUCCCCAAAGACAGGGACUAUAGAAGGGAGGCAAUGCAAGCAUCGGCAGCCCCUGGCUUUACUGGUGCUAAGUCUGCCCAGGUAGAGAAGCCAUCAGCGACCCCUGCCUCCCAGUCAUCAUCCUCAGGCUCAGGGAGCUUGAACCCCUCAUCAGGGCCCCCCGGAUCAUCUGCCUCCACAGUGCCCGUGUCCCCAGUCCUGCAGUCUCCCGCCCCUCCACUACUUCAGGACCCCACCUUGCUUCGCCAGCUUCUCCCAGCGCUUCAGACCGCCCUGCAGCUAAACAAUGCCAGUGUGGACAUGGCGAAAAUAAACGAAGUUCUCACAGCUGCUGUCACACAAGCUUCAUUACAGUCGAUGCUCCAUAAGAUCCUCACUGCUGGACCCUCGGCUUUCAAUAUCACUACUAUCCUCUCUCAAGCUGCUCAACUCUCCAACCAAGCUCAGCAAUCGAACCAGUCACCUAUGUCAUUAACGUCGGACGCCUCAUCGCCCAGGUCUUAUGUUUCUCCAAGGAUCAGCACACCACAGACCAACGCUGGUCCUCUCAAACCCCUCCUCAGCACACAGCCUGUCAUCUCACAGACAAAAGUGAGCACGUCAUCAGUGAAGCAGGCAUCUCAUCCCCAGCCCACAUCCCAGCAGCCCCUCUCCAGCGACAAGCAGCACAGUCACGAUGCCCACACGGCCUCCCCGCGCACCCUCCACCGCCAAGGCAGUCAGAGGAGUCCCUCCCCGGGUCCCAACCACGUCGCCUCCAGCAGCAGCAACGCCCCCAACUCUGCCUCUGCUCCCCCCACUGCCUCAGCAUCGCGGCCCUCCUGCUCCUUCACUCCCACCCUCGCUGCCCACUUCAAUGAGAAUCUUAUCAAACAUGUACAGGGUUGGUCUGCUGAACACGCAGAGAAACAGGCAUCAAGACUACGUGAAGAGGCUCACACCAUGGGGAGCAUCUGUAUGUCUGAGAACUGUACCGAGCUCAAAAACCUCCGGUCCUUGGUCAGAGUCUGUGAAAUACAAGCAACAUUGCGUGAGCAGAGGAUACUGUUUCUGAGACAGCAAAUCAAAGAACUUGAAAAGUUGAAGAAUCAGAAUUCUUUCAUGGUCUGAGAACUUCUGGUUGCGAUUGGAAGCGGGCGUUUGGGAAGGGAAGGGGGGAGAAGACCCAUUGCACAUAGUUGGAAGCUGGAGGGAGAGCAGUUGUUCAGUUCCUCUUGAGCCCGGUCUCAACACACACACACACACACAGGAGCUGCAGUCGGGUUGGCUUUGGACCGUUGGGCUGGGAGAACCAAGAGGGCAGAGAGAACAUGAAGAGCUGUUGGGAGGAGGAGGAGGAGGAGGAGGAGGAGGAGGGUGGGGUGGUUUACAAGACUCUGUUUUGUAAGAAACCCUCGGUGGGAAAAAAUGUAGAUUUCUUGUAGAUGUUAUUAUCUAUGUUGUAAAUAUGUUUUGUAGAUUGAAGCCAUGGAAAGCCAUGCCUAUCAAAGCUUUUGACAUCCAAACUAAUCAACGCCUAGGCGGCUACAUUCAUUAGCUAGCCUUUCCUUCAUGUUAACUCGUCUGCAGACUUAAAGCUUCAUUUUGUCCGUUCAUAGAUCAUUGAACCGCUGAGUGCGUGCGACCUGCAUGUAAACGGAGGAGGAUGUUUGUAAGCCAUUUAUUUACACAGAAGCUUAGCAUAAAGCAUAACACACUGGUGUCAAAGUAGUUUUUCCCUCAAAUAUUGGUAAACUGAGUACUCUGUCUAGAUUCUCUUCCUGUGCCCUCUCCGGGCGAACUGUAACCUCUUACUCAACGUGGUAAACGCCCCCUCCCCGCAGGUCCGUCACGACCGCUCACAAACGGUUCAGUGAUCUAUUUGCAGCUUCUGGUGGCCCUGCAUGUUCCAGUCUGAAAAAAACAGUGCCUGGUGGUGUGGUGGAGUGAGUGAUUUAGAAACAAUUUAAGAGAUGUGAUGGCGUGCUGCUUUGGACCAUUCCCACUCCCCCUUUCCUCUCCCCUUGGCCUCAGCCCUGCCCUGCCACACCCCCUCUCCUGAGACUACACUUCACACCCUCCUUGUAGUUUUUUCUUUGUGUUCCAGCAGGUUUUGUUCCUCUUUUUUUCCCUCCUGGUUCAUUCCUUUGUACAGUCGCUAACAUACAGUGGAGUUUUAAGAAGAGGACGCAGAAUUAAAAAAAAAAAAGGUUUUAUUUAUAAGAGUUGUAGUGACGAGCAGUAAAUCACAAUGAUAUCCAUACAUUUUCAUUUGCACCCAGUUUAGGAGUGGUAGAAUCCAGCUACAGCAGGUCAGAGGCGGAUGUAUGUGGAUCUCCUCUUGUGUCAGAGCAGGGCGCCAAGAGGUCACAAGGUCAAAUGUGAAAUUAUGUAUUGUAAUAAACAUGUUCAACUAAAGCGAGCACUGGUUAUUUUAUUGGAGUGUUAGGUUUGGUUCAUACGCUAGUGCCUUGUGGAAAGUCUUAAGUGUCACAGCCUCGUUUACCUGCAGCCCCCACGUUUUCUUUGCUCCCCACUGACCAACGACGGAAAGAUCUUCAACAAGCGUCUCACACGCAGUGUUGUUUUUGUUUGGCACGUCCCAUCCCUCUCUUAUGUUUGUUGAAGAGCAGGGUCCUAAGCUGCAAAGGCCUGUUUAUUUUCCCCCCCACCAUACUAUCUAUUGAGUCUAUAGCUGAACCGCACCACACGUUCAGUAAAGGUGACCACAUCAUUGCUUUGUAUAUUGUUUCCUGAAGUAUAUUGACAAAUGAAAUAAAAUAUGCCUCUCCAGGGCCA